GCGGGAGGAAGGUUUGAAGGCAAGCGGAGGAUGAAGCGCAGUGCAGCGAGUGACAGGGAGAAGGAAGACAAGAGACGAAAACUUCUUCAGCAACUUGGUGAUGUGCCUCUAGAAUUUCUCUCUUCAAAGGAUAAUGGCUUCCAUCAGUUGUGGAGCACGCAAUAUGCCAAGCUGGUUAUCCAGGAAGCCGACCGGACUCCCGUAGAGUUACAUCAGGCCGUCCAGAAGGCGUUUCUGACGUUGCUCUACCAUGGUUGCUUGUUUCAAGACCUUGUGCAGCUGAAAGGUAAAGACCUUCUGACAGCCGUGUCCCGGAUUCUCAUCGGCGAGCCAGGCUGCACCUACAAAUAUCUGAACACGAGGCUGUUUGCCGUGCCGUGGUCAGAAGAUGCUCUCAAUAUCGGCUACAGCACAGAAGACAUUUCCAAUGCCUGCAAAGCCUUUUACACCUUAAACAAAUUUCUACAUCUUCAGACAACACGUGAAUUAAGCAAACUGGUAAGAAGCAAGCACCUGGCAGAUCACCCCGGUGACCUACAGGAGCAGAUGUCCUCACAUGGAGACUUUGGCCAAGAGGAAGCGAGAUGUUUUAAUGUGACUUUGAUAAAUUACAUGAACCCACAAGCCAUGACCUACCUGAGAGAGGAACCGUAUUUUGGCAUGGGGAAGAUGGCGGUGAGCUGGCACCAUGACGAGAACCUUGUAGAGGGAUCUACGGUUGCUGUGUACAAUUACAGUUACAAAGAUGAUGCCAUGGAAACCUUUGAAGAAGAAGCUGUGGAUGCAUCAAAGUGGCGUGUGGGUCUCAAGAUCGCUUGGGACAUAGAGACUCCAGGUCUUGCGUUGCCAUUAAAUCCAGGAGAUUCAUAUUUUAUGCUUGAUAACCUGAACACCACCCAUCAGCACUGUGUGCUCGUCGGCUCUCAGCCCCGCUUCAGCUCCACGCACAGAGUAGCUGAGUGUUCCUCCGGUACGUUCAGUUAUAUCCAGACAAGAUGUGAAAAAGCUCUUGAGAACCUUUGUGUGCUCCCUGAUUCUGGCAAGACAAAGUUACAGUCUCUAGAGGUGGAGAUUUUACAGCAAGCAGAAGAGAUCCACAACGAGGUAGAAUUUGACUGGCUCCGUCAAUUCUGGUUUCAAGGAACACGCUACUCUAGAUGCAGCGACUAUUGGUUGUUGGCGAUGGCCAAGCUGGAAGAACAAUGGAGGCAAAUGGAAACCAUGACCAGCCUACUGCUAGAAGAGCUUGAAAGAGACUACAGGAGCUGGGAGGACAAGUACAAAAUACUGCAUCGUAUCCUGCCGUUACUAGUAGAGCGUCAAGACCUGCGGCUGGCGUGGAGGAAGAGGUGCAGAUGCAGUUUGGCAAAGUCUUUACCGAUGGACCAGAGGCCUCGCUGCCACCCUUAUUGGGAAGAGGAUGACUUCUCCAUGCCUCUGCCUUUUGAUCUCAGUAGAAUUUUGACAAAAUUGGAAAAUUUUAUGGAGAAAGACUAAGAAGCUGCUUCAGUGACAACCCAUGGAAGUGAACUUCUGCAUUUGCUUCUCAGACAGACACACAGCCAGCCUGUCUACUACUAAGCUGUCUACUACUAAGAAUAAUGUGUAGUGCAUUGUAAGAAAAAGAAAUGUGUGGAACAUUCAAACAUUUUUUAGAAGGUCCUUGUAUGUAUUACCACCAUCUGGGGUGUCGUUCAUGUACGCUGUGAGAAAAAGACUCAGAAAAAUCAUCUAUAGAAGACUAACUUGUACAGAAAAUCA